GCAGCAGCAGCAGCAGCAGAACCAGUGUGGGCCGAGCCUCCGGAGGUGUGUGACGGGGCCGCUAUGGCCGUUGAUAACCGCUCAACCUCGGCCCUAUUUAAGAGGGCCGAGCAGAUUAGGCGUUGGCAGGAGAGUGAUACCAAUAAACAGGAAAUAUCCGAUAACCACAGGACUCGCAAAGUGAAUUUUACCGACGGCUGCAUCUUUUUAGCGGCCUGCGCGGCUGGGGACAAACAAGAAGUUAUUCGCCUCCUGGAGAAGGGCGCUGACAUAGAUACUGCCAACGUCGACGGGCUGACGGCCCUCCACGCGGCAUGUAUAGACGACAAUUUAGACAUGGUAGAGUUCCUUGUGGACCAGGGCACAGACGUCAACAGGGGGGACAUGGAGGGUUGGACGCCCCUCCAUGCCACCGCCUCCUGCGGCUUCAACAGUAUAGCAAAGUUCCUAAUAGAUCGUGGGGCAGAUCUCUCAUUAGUCAACAACGAUGGUGACUUGGCCAUCGACAUAGCAGACUCAGACGAGAUGGAGAUGCUAUUACAACAAGAAAUAGAGAGUAGGGGUAUUGACUGCGAGGCGUCCCGUAACCGAGAGGAGCGACGCAUGCUGGAAGACGCGCAGCACUGGCUUCAGUCUGGCUACCUAGCAGACCGGCCACACUCCAAGACCGGCGCCACAGCCCUCCACGUGGCCUCGGCAAAGGGCUACAUCAAGGUCAUGAGCCUGUUGAUAGAGGCGGGCGCGGACAUCAAUGCCAAGGACAAUGACGGGUGGACGCCCCUGCACGCCGCUGCUCACUGGGGGCAGCGGGAGGCCAUUGAAAUACUCUGUGAGAACAUGGCUGAUAUGGAAGUCAGGAACUUUGUGGGACAAAGUGCUUUUGACGUAGCAGACAACAGUUUAUUACGGUUAAUGGACGAGCUGAAGAAGAAGCAGGCAGCCCUGAAGCUGGUGAACCAAAACAAACAGGUGCCAAGAAAACGCAAGACUUCACCUCACCGAGAACACAGCAACAAGAAGGAGCGGGAAGACUCCAGGGAGUCUGAUGGUACGUCCGGGGAGGAUGAGUCCUCUUCUGAUGUGGAGAAAAGAAACAAAGUGAACAAGGAGAACGCCACCCCACAGAUCAUUCCCACCAGCGUUCUGUCCAACAAGAACAGAACACAGUCUGAGGCAAGAUCAGAGAAUGCCUUUGAUGAGUCUGAGGUCCAGUCAUGGAGAAGACCAUCCUCCUUUAGGAAGAAUAACCAGGAAGAUAAGAACCAAAAAGAGGAGGCAUCCCGCACCUCAUCCACCACCACCAUCACCACCACCACAGCCACCACUACCACCACCACCACUACAGCAUCCACACCCACCCCAUCAGCGAGAAUCUCCGGCCGUGAUGCUGAGGAGGAACGGAAGAGGUCAGCAGGGGCGGAGAAGGAGGAGAGCGCUCUGACUGCCACCCGAGAGAGGCUCAAGGCUCGGUCAUGCCCAGCUCUCAGUCUGUUGGAGGAGGAGGAGGAAGGGAAGGAAGGAGGAAAUGGGUUGCAGGUUUUUCCUUCCUGGCCUUCAUCCCACUUAGGUGGUGUUUCCUCUACUUCUGCCUCAUCCUUGGUGGCCUCCCAGCGACUUUCUUCCUCAGACAUCAACCUCCCCUCUCAGUCACCCUCACCUUCCCCUGUGGUACCACCCAGUCAGACCAAAGGCACCACCAGCACCCAGCAGGUCACAUCCAUACCUAGUCCUUCCCCCUCGGCUGUGACCACCACACCCAGCAUCACAUCCACCACACCCAGCAUUACAUCCACCACACCUGCCACCCCUGUCACCCCACACACCACCUCACCCUCCAGAACAGUCACCACCACCUCAUCAGCUUCCCAUGAUGCCAAAGACUUGUUGACCAUGGUUACCACUGCAGCCCCCACAGUCACCAGUGUAGUGAGCCAAAGUGUGUCUUCCUCCAUUGGUACCACAGGCAUUGUGUCCUCACCACCUCACAGACCCUUGGGACCCUCCCUCUCCAACCCCAUCAGUUCUGUCCCCAGCUUCCCUCCUUCCUCAUUGCUCCCAUCCAUCCCCUCCUCCUCCACCGUCACCACCAUCACUACCACCACCCCGGCUGGCCUGGCCUCUCUCUCUACUAACCACACUACUAACAGCAAGGACCCUCGACUGCUGGCAAGGUCCGCAUCCCUCAGAGAACGCAUUCAGAGGAACCACAUGGACAGCAUGGAGCCCCACGUGUCCAGUGGCGCCGUUCUCACCACCAACACCUCGCCCACCACACGCUCCAAAGGAAGCAACAACGUGACCACUCUGACCACCAACGGGGGACUGAGCACCCUUCCUCCCCCUCCCAAGACAGCCCCAUCCCUUCCCAACUCCACCCCCCCUGCUUCUACCAAACAACCCUCCCCAUCACCAUCCCCCUCACCCCCUAUUGCCACUACCACUACCAAACCCCCAACCCCACCUCCAGCCCCACCCCAAACCCCACCCUCUGCCCAGCCCCCAGCGCCAACAGCCAAAAUGAGUCCCGGGGGUGUCAUAAAGAAUUUCUUCAACUUGUUGCAUUCGUCCAGGUCAUUCAUGCCUCCGAGUCGGGAUGAAGAGAGCGAGACACAGAGGAAAGCCCACGCCAAGAUGGUGCGCUCCACCCGACGCUCCACCCAGGGCGUCACGCUGGAGGACCUCAAGUCUGCCGAGCAGCUCAUGAAGAACAAGCAGCAGCAGCAGCAAGCCACUUCAUCUAGUCCAGAGUCCAAGGAGACAUCCUCCACCACUACUGCCACCACCACAACUGCCACCACUACCACCACCACCACCUCACCCACCUCACCCAACAAGCCAAAGCCUGACUCACCCACCAAAGCGGAUGAUGAGGAGCGGCGUCCGUCAUGGCGGCUCAAGGUGGAUGACACGGAUAAGAACAGGUUUUCCCUGGAGAAUGUGCGAUCAAAAGACAAGCCUGAGGUGGAGAAUGAUGCAGACACGCCCACCUUCACAGUACAGCUGCGGAAAAAAAAUACGGAGGAGAAAGAUGAGGAGAAGGAGAGUGAGCGCAACUCCCAGACUCGCGAGGGCACGCAGGCAGCCAUCCAGCGGCGGAAAAAGCCCAAGCGGCGCUCCACAGGGAAGGUCCAGGUCAACAUGGACGAGAUAGACCCUGAGAAGAGGGCCCAGCGCUCUGCCGAACAGCAGCAGCGGCAGGGCGAGGAAGGCAGCGAUGAUGAUGAGGAGGAGGCUGAAACGGUAAGUGUGGCAGAGGAUGGCAUUACCUUGGCCCGGUGUGUCCUGGAUAAUCAGUCUGUCAGCGAGAAGGGGGAUGCGGCUCGUGGCUCCACCACCUCCCUAGGCUCGGCACUCAGCAGCCGGGCAGCAUCAAGGUCUUCCUCGGUGGGUCCAGAGAAUGGCGACAUUGACUACAAGAAGCUGUAUGAGGAGCAGCUGGCAGAGACACACAGGGUAAAUGAAAGGCUCAGAUUAACAGAAAACGAGCUGAGGCAAUCCAGGGAAAGCAUUGAUCUCAACACAAAGAAGUUCAACACCCGCCUGGCGAUAGCAGAGUCAGAGAAGAGGGAGAAGAGGUCCCUGGAACGCAAGCUGUCCGAGAUGGAGGAGGAACUCAAGCAAUUGCAAAAACUUAAGGCUGAAAAUGAGAAAUUGAAGGCUGAAAACAGAGCCUUGACUCGCGUGGUGUCCAAAUUGACCAAUUCAGCUACGUCAGGCAUGGGUAGCUUGGCCACCCUGAGCAAAUAGUUAAUGGAACAGCUGAAGCAGGAGAAUCAGCGAUUGAAGGAUGAGAAUGGGGCCCUGAUUCGUGUCAUCAGUAAGCUCUCCAAAUAGAACCACCUCCAGCCUCUGAUGUCCUGUGUCCACAGUCAGCAGUCCUGCCCUGGGUUGGACUGUCUGUCACCCAGUCAUUCAAUAACCCAGGGAGUUAUCCUGGGCUGCCCACAAAGCUGGGCUAGUCUUGCAAGCCAAGUAGGAGAUGUAUAAACUGUUGAGACAUUGUGUUAGCUGUUAUUUGCAGCUUGCUCACUACCCUGAGCAUGCAUGCUAGGGUCUCAUUGCAGUUCCCAUUCUUAGCCACACAGCAGUGACCAAGGCGGCUUGAGUGUUGGUGUCGGUGUGCUUGCAACUAGAAUCAGGUAACCACAUUGUUUCUCCCCAAUAGCACUGCUUUUCAAGUACUUAAGCAAGACAGCAGAGCACCUGAUAUGCUGCUUGACCCUCCUCUCAAAAUAUUUAUUGGUGAAAUCAUUGUUCAGAGUUAAGUAAAGAGCCUCACCAGCUGCUGGCACUGCUGGUGGAGAAGCCCGGCCAGGGCAGGGCGCCCCCCACCGGGCCUGGGGGAUGCUGGCUCAUGCAAGGAAGAGGUGUGUGGUAGUCUUCCUCAGAGCCAGUGUUCGGGAUUCCACUUGAGACAUUGAGAAUGCCACCCAAAGUCUAUUUCCUGUGUGUAAGCCUCAGAAAUGUGAAUGAAGGUCCACACUUGGGGUUGCGUCGCAGCAGUGCCGAGUGUCAGGGCACCGCACAGCUUGGUGCGCCAGUGUUGGGAGUGAGGUAGUGGCCCUGAUGCACCUGGCCAUCAGAUCCCAUCUUAAACCUCAGCCAGGAAAACAGUAAAGUUAUCGAAAUGUAUUUGUGUGUUCUGCCCCAGUUGUCUAAGCUUCGCAUUAUCCAUAUAUUUCUCAUAUCCUUUUGCCUUUGUGCAGUUAUUACUAUUCUACCAUUGAAAGAAAACCACGUAGUUGCUGCUGAUUGGCUUAGUGUAAAAAUUAUAUGUCCAAGCCUGAAGUGUCUGUGGCUGAGAUCAGUUGUGCUUCUGUUUUGUGUGUGUCAUCCAGUAUUUGCACUGUGCAGUCCAGCACUGGCAGUGUGUAGGAGUGGCUGUACUCAGUAGAGCAGCAGCAGGAGUGUAAUCACUUGUUGAAUUGCAGGUGUACAUAAGAGUAGGACUUGUUGUUGUCAGUAGGUGUAGGUGUUGUUGGCCUGCGUCUGUGUUGUGUUGACCUGCUCACACCACCAUGACAGGGUUGUCACAGUUUUUUCAGUACUGGAACAUUGGUUUGCUUUGGGUACUUAAAUUAUUUGUUGCCAUAAAUUAUUAUUGUAAUAUGAUGCAAAGUUUUAUCUUGCAUUAUUUAAAAGUUAAAUAUUGUGCAUCAUCUUUAUUCUAGUAAUUCUGAGAAGUGGAAUGUUGCAUUCACUCAGUCACUAAAUUUUAUAACUACAGUACGGUCAGUCCUGAAGUGAAACAGAUUUCUUUAAUAUGAAAUAUUUUUGUCACUCAUAUAUUGUAUGUUUAUAGAAGCAGUGUUUUGUUCCUAAUGUGCAAACGAGCAAAACCUUCAAACUCACCAUUACUUACAAUGAAAUCCUAAAACAAUUUGCUGUCUCUCCCUUAGAUCUAAGUGUGACAUUCAGACUUUAGUUAAUUUUCAAUGUUUUCUUCAUAUAUUGUUCAUAUAUUAUUAAGUGACUUUCCUGUGAGCAAGAGAGUUACAUGCAUUUAGUCGUAUAGAACAAAUAGUAACGAGAGGUGGAAGUGAUUUCAUGUGUCAAAUCCUAUUAAUCUUAAGCUUUAAAAGUGAGGAAGUGUACCUCACGUGUCAUCAUUGGAGAGGAACUAUGGUGCUGAGGUCUUGAUCUGUACGUAAUGUUAAACUCCUGCCGAGGGGAUGACAAGGCCUGCUCAAGCGGUGUUUUUCUCUGCCCCCACAACACCAGAGCAAUCUUUUGUGCCUUAGCUGGUCACGCCCUCACUGCCACCUUGCAUGGGGCCGUGGGAGGCGCUGUGCUGUGAACCCUCACUCCAAUGGCCCAAUAUUAAACAGCAGCAGCAUUCUGUCAUCUUGGGCUGGAUUGUUAUUCAGUACUGUGAAGUGAGAUCUGUCACUCCCUGCCACAGGAGUCACAGUCUUUUGAGUUGAUAGUGAGUGUGUAUUGUAAUGUUACAUGAAUAGAUUGGCUUAUUGUGGACCCAAAUUAUAACAUAUCCUUUAGCUAUGUAUGUACUGUAAAUUCCCGACACCUAACAUUUUGGAGGCUUUUAUAAGACAUAACAUCUUCAGAUCAAAAUGUAUGAUUCUUUAUGUAUAUAAAUUACAUAUCACUUUAAUCAAAGGACUUCCUACAGCAAGAGAUGACCAAUAAAUGCUCUCAGCACAACAUAUUUUUACAUUAAUAUUAAAUAAAAUAUUGUUUCUUUGAGUAUGUUGCAUUUCAAUCAUUAUUUUUAGAUAUGACAGACUGGAAGUGUGACUUGGGCUAGAUAUGCAUAUCAAUUAUUCUCUGAGAGGAUGGGAUGAUUUGUACAACUGCCAGCUUGGGCAUCAGGAUGUACAUUCUGGCCCCAUGAAGCUGUCCAUUUGAGUGAGGGUUUGCUGCCACGUUAUUUAUUGUCAAACAUCUUCCUGUCAGUUGAGCAUAGUGAUCUCGUGGCCCUUGAACAGCUGAGCGUGGAGUUGGUGUGAUGCUUACCAGUUGACUGUGACUGCCCAUUGAGAUUUUGUGCCUUUGUUAUCAUGAAUUGAGGAUGAGCUGGUGUAACUCUGUAAAGACCUGCCUUUGUAUGCGCUGUUGUAAUUUAGAAAGUGUAAAAUAUGUAGCUUGCUGUAUAAAAUUGCCUUAAUUUUUUUCUUCUGUGUAAAGGAAAAUCUGUAAACUGACAUGAAGGUUGGCUAAGAAGAAAUAUUCAACUUUCAUCCAAGUUUGUAUCCCUUGUGGCUUGCUCCAGGCACCGCCAAGCUCUACUCAGGCUCGGGGGCGUCCUGGGGCAGACAGUCGAGGGAGGUUUUGUAGUGGAGCCUAGUCAAACAGAUUACCUUUGUCAGCUUCAUGUGUAUUAGACUCAAAAGAAUUUGCUUUGGUUCCAUAAAACGUACAUAAUUUCUUUUUUUGUUUAAAUAUAUGAUAAAGAGUAUUGUCUAUAAUUUUUUUUCUUAGUUAGGACAUCUUUGUGACAGUGCAGAAAUUAUAUCAAGUGCCUUUUUCUUGUUAAUUGCUGUCAUUGAAGGUACAGUGAUUCACACUGUUUGGUAAUCACUGUUGCUGGAUUGCCAUGAGAAAUUUGUAAGAUGAUCACCUUGCAUUGGUCUUGCCACAUUGUCUGUAAUUACCUGCAAUAGAUGGUAGUCACUUUUUUUCUGAAAUCUUACAUAAUUAUAGCAAAUAUUUAAGAAAUAAAGAUAUUUUAUAGUUAU